AUGAGCAGUGAAAGUCAAGCUGGGGUCGCAGUAGAAAAAGAGCAAUACGACACCGGGCUAUCUCUUUCAUUUGGUGAGGUCGAUGAUGUAGAUGACGAGGUUAAGAGAAAGUAUACCAUAGUUGAUUUGCUGUCUAGUUCCGAGAAAGGAGACGUGGAGGAACUGGACACCAUAGUCAGACAUGGUAUCCCUGUACAUUCUACCACCAAGAGUGGCUCGUCCGUAUUGCACUAUGCGGCACGUAAUGGACAAUCUGAGAUGAUACGUCAUCUGAUAGACAACUAUCCCGCGUGCCAUGUCAAAGUUUCUAUGAUGGAGUCUGGAUACUUUAGUGAGCCCCGAAGCUCUUUGCCUGCUGACAAACCUCAUGACAGCUCUCCGUCGGAAUCUGGGAUACGUGAUGCGGCCGACAAAUAUACACCUGAAGGCGACGAGACGCCACAUAGUAGAGACGUAACACUUACACACACAAAGGAAGAUUCUUACGACAUAGUUCAGCAUUUGACACCGGAAGUCAUUCACAGAAACUGGAUCGGUCUGCAUCGAUCUGCAGCAGAGGGAAAUUCAUAUGAUGUGUUGCGCAUGAUUGAAAACGGAGCAAACACAAUGAAGAAAAUAAAUAGCGCAUUCUUCCCCAACAUUCAUCUGAAACCCAAACAAAUGCUCACUCCAUUGGAGGUAGCUUUCUUUUCAGGGAAAGAAGAAAUGACGUCACUUCUGAUCCGAUAUACUGAUGACGACAUUGUUAGGCGGUGUCUGUCGAUGUGUGCAAAUGGGUACGUAACUUUAAAGCCAUAUAUCGUCAAGGGGAUGCUUGAAAAGCAAUAUAAAGAUAAAUUCAUCGAGGUCGUGUUUGGAGAAUACAAGCCAAAGAAACAGAAAAUGUUUAUAAUAUACACGGACGUCAUCGCACAUGGCAGUGAAACAAACGAGGCCGGUUACCCGGUACAGUUCCGAAAUCCAUCUGUCUCCAGCGACGAGAGUCGAAAAGCGUUAUAUCACUGCCAACAGAACAACUACAUCUUGUCAGAAGAUGACAGAAUAUUAGUAGCCAGAGCAAUCAAACAACACAGCGACAAACUCUGGAAAAAUCAUUCAAAUUUGCGAGGCAUUUUGUCAUCGCCGGUAAAAUCCGUCGGAGGCUCAUUCAAGAAACAAACAUGUUUGGUUAUUUUAUGCCACUUCAAGGGGUUCGUUCCCGACAAGGAGCUGGCAUUUCCGCCGGAACUAAAGGUCGGGAAUGACACACUUCCUGUAGAUGUUAGAGAGGGACAUGUUGUCCUACAUCACGUACACAGUCCUAACGCUCUACAUCAACCCCUGAGUUUUGGAUGCAACAUCGGAACUGCGGACGACCCAACGUUGAGGUUCGGAAGCAUUGGUCCGUUUGUAGAACUGCAAGAUGGCAAGAUUGGUUUCAUCACGUGUGCACACGUCGUUAAUGGCCCCGUGACUUAUGUUGAGGACAGCGUACCCAAUAUACCUGUCCUACAACCAAGCACCGGAAACACAGGGUAUCCGGAGGAUGACCGGAUAUGUGGUGAAGUAGUUUAUCUGAAGUACAGCCUGAAUGAAGCUACGUCCAUAGAUAUCGCUAUUGUUGAGAUCACGGUUCCAGCGAGGGCGCCACUGUCACCGGGGUUUGCUGCAUUUAGUCAGGGACAACUCUCUGAACAAGGAAUUCCAGAGAACCAACCAAUAUUCGACCAUGGCGAAUAUGGUGAACCUACUGUAGGGGAAACGGUUAUCAAGUUCGGGAGUGCAUCCGGUGUGACCUAUGGCACUUACCGAGGCAUCGAAACCGCAGAAUUCAAUUCCAGGAUAUACGGAAGAGUUUCAGAGACAGAGCGUUGGAGAGGAAUUUACUAUAUAGAGAAUCGACAGUGCUCGGAGGAUGAUUGUCAUCUACCGCCAUUUUCGACUCAUGGUGAUUCGGGCGCAGGAGUGUUCCAGAUAAGGGACAACUCUCUCAUCUGUGUCGGGAUCUUGGUGGGAGCAGACGAAGCCACUGGAUCCGGAAUUGUGAUCCCGAUCAAACCAGUGUUAGAAACAUCUGGGUGCAAUUUAAAGGUAUUCCGACCGCGAACAUAACUCUGAUUUCAAAAUUUCAAUAAGGAUGCAAAAAAUGGAAAUUUAUCCUAAUACAAGUAAUAUUAUCAUUUAAUGCAAGAAAAUGUUCCAGUGUGCAGCUAAAUGGGAAAAUAGACCCAAUCGUAAUGUUAUGUAUAUAUUUAAAUAAGAUUUAGGAUUUUGUAUAAUUCACCUCGAGGUAUGGACUAAUUUUAUUGUACAAGGAGAGACAGGGCGAAUUAUUUUGUAUCAAAUAUAACCACGUAUCAUCUGUGAAUAGCCGCGUUAUAAACGUGUACUUAGAGGCGUGGUCGAUCUCUAGGGAGCUGUUAACCUCGUUGUUUGAAUUCUACAUGUAUAUAUGCCUAUUGUAUAUAUAGUUAAUUAGAUACAUAUUGUAUAUACGAUUAAUAAGGAGCAUAUUGUAUAAAUAAUAAAUUAGGGACUUAUUGUGUAUAAUAUAGAUAAGGGGCUUAAUGUAUAUACAAUUGCAUAAUAUAUUAGGGGCUUAUUGUGUAUAUAGUGUAGUAAUGAAUGGCAUAUAUAGCAAUUAUAUGUCCUUUUGUAUACAUAGUAAUUUAGUGGCGCAUUCUGUAUGAAGUAAUACUAUAUAGUAUUUCAUAUAUAUACUUAUUAAAUAGUUUACCAAAAUAGCAAAGAAAUAAACAUACAUAUAUAAUUUAAAAAAAAAGGAAAAAACACACCAUCAUGUACAGAUUUACAUUUUGUUGUAUCAACCCUCACACCAUCAUUUUACACAUACACAUUCAUCACACCCAUACGCACGCACGGGG